GGCCGGAGACUGCAUCAUUCUGCACCGGCUGCAGCACAGCCAGAGGGAGCAGGUGGAGCAAGACGCGAGCCGCGAGCCGCGAGCCGAAGCGCGCCGGGCCCGGGGGGAGACUGCAGUGACGCUGCCCGGGAGACAUGGCGGCCAGGCGCCUCUGAAUAAGCAGAAUCCCGAGCCCCUCGCCGCCCCGGGCCGCCGCAGCCCUGGCCAUGCCGCACGGCUGCUGACCGCACGCAGGGGCAGGCCCAGAGGACACAUGCGGCAGCUGCUGCCGCCUUGCCCCUGAUCCUCUCCCCUGCGUUCUCCAUGUUGCAUUUCACGCCAGUUUCUCGGGUAGUGUAGCUAGCUGCAUUGCUCUGCUCGUUCACCCAGCCACACUUUUCUUUUCCAUUUUGUACCCUUCCUUCCCCAUUUCCUGCUCCCUUACCUGCCUGCUUUGCAUCCAUCUCCCCCACCCUGUCACCCGCCUCCUGCCUCCAUCCACCGGGGCUAUGGCUGCAGAAGAGGUAUUGCAGACUGUGGACCAUUAUAAGACUGAGAUAGAGAGGCUGACCAAGGAGCUCACAGAGACGACCCACGAGAAGAUCCAGGCUGCCGAGUACGGGCUGGUGGUCCUGGAAGAGAAGCUGACCCUCAAACAACAGUAUGACGAGCUGGAGGCUGAGUACGACAGCCUUAAACAGGAGCUGGAGCAGCUGAAAGAGGCCUUCGGGCAGUCCUUCUCCAUCCACCGGAAAGUGGCUGAGGAUGGAGAGACUCGGGAGGAAACGCUUCUGCAGGAGUCAGCAUCGAAGGAAGCUUACUACCUGGGGAAAAUCCUGGAGAUGCAGAACGAGCUGAAGCAGAGCCGCGCUGUGGUCACGAACGUGCAGGCGGAAAAUGAGAGGCUCGCAGCUGUCGUGCAGGAUCUGAAGGAGAACAAUGAGAUGGUGGAGCUACAAAGAAUACGGAUGAAGGAUGAAAUACGAGAAUAUAAGUUCCGAGAGUCCCGCCUCCUUCAGGACUAUACAGAGCUGGAAGAAGAAAAUAUCACGUUGCAGAAGCUUGUGUCCACGUUAAAGCAGAACCAGGUUGAAUACGAAGGCUUAAAGCAUGAGAUUAAGCGAUUUGAGGAGGAGACGGUGUUGCUGAACAGCCAGCUGGAAGAUGCCAUCCGGUUGAAAGAGAUUGCUGAGCACCAACUGGAGGAAGCCCUUGAGACCUUGAAAAAUGAAAGAGAGCAAAAGAAUAACCUGAGGAAGGAGCUGUCUCAGUACAUCACCCUCAAUGAUAACCAUAUCAGCAUCUCAGUGGAUGGACUCAAGUUUGCCGAGGAAGGGAGUGAACCAAACAACGAUGACAAAAUGAACGGGCAUAUCCAUGGACCUCUUGUGAAACUGAAUGGAGAUUAUCGGACUCCCACUUUAAGGAAAGGAGAGUCUCUAAACCCUGUUUCUGACUUAUUCAGUGAGCUGAACAUUUCAGAAAUACAGAAAUUGAAGCAGCAACUUUUGCAGGUAGAGCGGGAAAAGGCCAUUCUCCUGGCCAAUCUACAGGAGUCACAGACGCAGCUGGAACACACCAAGGGGGCACUGACAGAGCAGCACGAACGGGUGCACCGGCUCACGGAACACGUCAAUGCCAUGAGGGGCCUGCAGAACAGUAAGGAGCUCAAGGCUGAGCUGGACGGGGAGAAGGGCCGGGACUCAGGGGAGGAGGCCCAUGACUAUGAGGUGGACAUCAAUGGCUUAGAGAUCCUUGAGUGCAAAUACAGGGUGGCAGUAACUGAGGUGAUUGAUUUGAAAGCUGAAAUUAAAGCCUUAAAGGAGAAAUACAAUAAAUCUGUAGAAAACCAUACUGAAGAGAAAGCCAAGUAUGAGAAUAAGAUCCAAAUGUAUGAUGAGCAGGUGACAAGCCUUGAGAAGACCACCAGGGAGAGUGGAGAGAAGAUGGCGCACAUGGAGAAGGAGUUGCAGAAGAUGACCAGCGUAGCCAAUGAAAAUCACAAUACCCUUAAUACGGCCCAGGAUGAGCUGGUUACAUUUAGUGAGGAGCUAGCCCAGCUUUACCACCAUGUUUGUCUGUGUAACAAUGAAACCCCCAACAGGGUCAUGCUGGACUACUACAGGCAAAGCAGAGUCACCCGUAGUGGCAGCCUGAAAGGUCCUGAUGAUCCCAGGGGGCUUUUGUCUCCACGGUUAGCCAGGCGGGGUGUGUCAUCCCCAGUAGAAACAAGGACCUCCUCUGAACCAGUUACAAAAGAAAACACAGAAGCCAGCAAAGAACCAAGUCCAACCAAGACCCCCACCAUCUCUCCUGUUAUUACUGCCCCACCAUCAUCUCCAGUAUUAGACACAAGUGACAUCCGCAAAGAGCCAAUGAAUAUCUACAACCUUAAUGCCAUAAUCCGGGACCAAAUCAAGCACCUACAGAAAGCUGUGGACCGGUCCUUGCAACUGUCUCGUCAAAGAGCAGCAGCACGGGAGCUGGCCCCCAUGAUAGAUAAAGACAAGGAAGCCUUAAUGGAAGAGUUCCUCAAGCUCAAGUCCCUGCUGAGCACCAAACGGGAGCAGAUCGCCACCCUGAGGGCAGUGCUGAAAGCCAACAAGCAGACAGCUGAGGUGGCACUAGCUAAUCUCAAGAACAAAUAUGAAAACGAGAAAGCAAUGGUGACUGAAACUAUGACGAAACUUAGAAAUGAACUGAAGGCUUUGAAAGAAGAUGCAGCAACUUUCUCAUCCCUGAGAGCGAUGUUUGCGACAAGAUGUGAUGAAUAUGUCACACAGUUGGAUGAAAUGCAGAGACAGUUAGCAGCCGCAGAGGAUGAGAAGAAGACUCUAAAUAGUUUGUUACGAAUGGCUAUCCAGCAAAAACUCGCCCUGACCCAGCGGCUGGAGGACUUAGAGUUUGACCAUGAGCAGUCCCGACGCAGCAAAGGCAAAUUUGGAAAGAGCAAGAUCGGCAGCCCUAAAGUAAGUGGGGAGGCAUCAGUCACCGUGCCCACCAUAGACACUUACCUCCUGCAUAGUCAGGGCCCACAGACACCCAACAUUCGGGUCAGCAGUGGCACUCAGAGGAAAAGACAAUUUUCACCUUCCCUUUGUGAUCAGAGCCGUCCCAGGACUUCAGGGGCUUCCUACCUACAGAAUUUAUUAAGAGUUCCCCCUGAUCCCACCUCCACAGAAUCAUUUCUUCUGAAGGGCCCCCCUUCCAUGAGUGAAUUCAUCCAAGUGCACCGGCUCAGCAAGGAAAAAAGGUUAACCGUGGCUCCACCAGCAAAAAGAGAUUGUCAGCAGCCUGCUGCCUCCAUACCGCCACAGUGCCCACAACUAGCCGGGAGGCAAGACUGCCCGACUGUCAGUCCUGACAUAACUCUCCCUGACGAGCAGCCACAUUCCAGCUCGCAGUGCACCCCUCUCCACUGUCUCUCCAAGCCUUCUUACCCCUUGUCUUCAUCUCCCGCGGACGAACAUCUGGGGUGAACGGUUCUGUAGCCACACACAGGAUACUGCCCAAGACCCAGCGAGUGUUUUCUUCACGGGUUGUUCGGUGUAUGAUGGGAGUAAAGCCCAUCAUUUUGGAAGACAAAAAGAAGAGAAGAGUAACACAACGCACAGACUCCGGUGUGAUAAAAUGUUGUAUGGUUUCUCUAAGUACAGAUAAACUUCAGCAAUCAAGUGGCUACAGUUUAGUUAAAUAAAUAAACCAAACAAAACGAAACAGGACACAUGUAUCUCAGAUGGAUGGCGUUACCUCGAUAAAAUAAGAGAGACUUACGACAAUGUAAAAUGCAUAUAUUGUAAAAUCACCUUUCCUCUUACUUCACAUUUGGCUAUAGAAGUUGAUUCCAAUAUUUUUUCAUCAUUGAUAUUUAUUUUGUACUUUAUUUGCCACAUGAUUUAUGUCUAUAAAAAUCAUUCCUGUAAGAGGUGAACUUAAUUCAUUUAUUUCUAAGUAAGAAUAAUUUACUCUAUUAAUUAUGUUUUAAUUUAGUUGGAGAUCUGGAGUUGGCCAGACUUGUGGUCAUUUUUCUUGCACAGAAUGAUAAAUGAGGUGCAUCGGAAUGUUAACAAUAACUAUUUUGCUGCUACGCUGAUAUUGUUUAUGCACUUAUUUUCUAAUUAGUAGCUCAUUAACUGCUGGAUUUUUUUUUAAACUAGAAUUCUUCACUGGACAUUAAGUAAAUCUAAGAAAGAGACUAUGUUAUGAUUCACUGACUUAUUCAACUUUUGAUGGCAUCUUUAAUUUUUUAAAUUGCAGGCAAGUAGAUGCACUGGUGCUGCUCCUUUGUGUGUGUGUUUGUGUGUGUGAUAAUGUUAAAGAAGGCUAAAUAACAUGAAGGGGAAAAAAUGGUGUGUUUAUUUAAUAGCCAGAAUUUUUUUUUAACUUCUCCCAAAUUCAGGGUCCUACUAUGAGUCUUUCCUGCUAACAGGUAUCAAGUACAAAUGGAAAAAUAUAUACAUAGAUAGAUGUAAGUUAGCCUUUGGUUAAUGGAUUUAUCCAGAAAGUGUUCAAAUUUUGAUUAAAAUUGUAUGUUUCGUUGUUGUUGGUUUUUUUCAUAAUGAAUCUUCCUUGCCAAAAAAAACAAAAAAACAAUAGAUAAUAAACCUUAGCUCAUUGUCUACUUUUGACAAACACUCAGGUGCCUACAAUCAUUAUAUUAUCUAUGUUGAGAUAAUACAUGUUCCUAGUUAAUUUACAGAUUCUGUGGGGUAACUUUUAUGACUUGACUUAAGGCAGUGGAUUUUCAUAGCGAAAUUUAUUUUGCACAUAAUCUGACAAACAAGGAAAACAGCUAAUUGAGCUGAAAGGUCUAACACUCUUGGGCUCCUUAACUAUCAAGUGCUGCCCACACAAUUGCUCCUAGCCCUGAUUCCUUGUCUGGUCAGGUAGCCUUAACUUAUUUAAAACCAUAAUGGUUUGACCUUUUCAUGUAACGAUAUCUGUAACUUCUCUUUAAAACAAAAACAAUCCUCACUGUUAACACAAAAGAAACAAUGCAGGGCUCUAACAAUGGAGAUCUAGUAAGAGCCACUCACCUUAUUGAGUGGAAGUGGGUGGGACAUUAAUGGAACAGUCCAUCAAAGAUGGCGGCCAAUUGGUAAGUCAUUAAAGCACAGUACAGGAGCUUUCAUUAGUCGUACACCUAUUAAGUAGUGGUCACUAUUACCAAAGCAACCAAGAUGUUUUGAGUUUCUUAUAUCAGUGCUAUUUUCAACAGUGUCCUUUAUUAUGCAACUUGAAGUAGUUGGAACUCUUCACCAUAAAUAGGGAGUCGGGUUAAAGUACAGAAAAAGAAACAUUCUUCAUAAAGUCUUGGUCAUGGCAGCCUAACCUUCUGUUCUUUCCUACCUGUGUUGCCUUGCUGUUCCUAAACAUUUUCUUCAUUGUAUUGGUGUUGUAUCUGCUUGGAAACCAGUAUUAGUGAGACAGUGUGGAUUAUAUUAGAGUUCAAUUAAAGGAAGCUGCCACCUCCCUACCCUUACUCUUUUCUUUUUUUUUUUCCCCCUUCCCUUCCUUCCCUUCCCUUCUCUUCUCUUCUCUUCUCUUCUCUUCUCUUCUCUUCUCUUCUCUUCUCUUCUUUUCUUUUUUUCAAGCAUCAUGUUUAGACCUGAGAAGUGGCAUGGAUGCAAAGUUGUCUUUUAAUAAAAAGUGUUUGUGCCUGAGGGAAAAUAUGCCUUUUUUAAAAGUACCUCAGAACAUCUUCCUAUAUUGUCUCAUUGGUGUUGGUGGUGGUACAUGAAUUCAGCAUUAAGUGUUGUCUCUGUAGCUAUAAGGCAGUAAUGCCUACUGACAGUGCAGUAUUGCAUUUUAUGCUCCCUUACUCUGUAUUUACGAACUGGUAAAAGACCAGAACACAGACAUCGAAUUUAUUUCUUCCAAUAUAAAGUUUAGCAAGUCUAUUAUACAUGAAUUUUAUUUCAGUUCCUUUAUGUCAACAGAGUGGGAAAUGUCUGUUUUGAAAUAUCAAUUCUAGAAAAAUUUUAGCAAAACUUUGCCAAGAAGAUAUAGAAACUUGGAAAUAAAUUUCUAAUUUUCAACACAAAAUUAGGUAAAAGUCUGCAAGCAGUAAAAGAGAAUUCCGUGUAUUUGCACUGUGGCAUCAUUUAGUAUAGUUUAAACUGAGCUGUAUCUGUAGGCACUUAUUUAUAGGUAUUUAAAAUGAAUAAAUAUAUGUAGCAUUGAUAAAAAUCAGUACCUGUAAAGAAACAUCAAGAUUCAAAAGGAAACUGAAAAAUUGAAGAACUAGUGAAAAUCAAAAAACUAAACCUCAGUAAGACCAGUUGAAGAGAAAUGUUGGAGAGGGAGGAAGACUACAUAAACAUAAUAAAAAUACUGUCUUAUUAUUGCAAACAUGGUGGGCAAAGAUUAAGGUAACUAGCAAGAGUGUUUACCAAAGUAACCAGGUAGUUUUUUAAAAGUAAGCACAAUUACCAUUCUGGAAAGUAUAGAAUGCAGAAAUGCUUUCCUACUGAGGAUUUUUCUUAGUUAAAAAAUAAAAUAAAAAGAGCAAUAAAUUGUCUUCGGCCUGAGUGCUCAGGGGAUACAGUACCCUUGGGUUAAUCUUUCCAAUCAACUCAUGAUUCACUGGAUCACUUUCAUGUAUCCAGUUCUAUUUCAGUAAGAGGAAUUUGGAUAACUUUGAGAAAACAGCCUUCAGGGUGAUGGAUUUAUAUUAACUCUAGGAAAAUGAUUCUUAUCAGUGGAAAAUUAAUCAUUGACAUUGAUAAUUAUAAGGAAGAUUUGUUUUUUUAAUUAAAUAUUAUUGGUUGUCAUAGUAGGGAUUAAGUGGCAAAAUAUCUUAUGAUAAUGUAUUAUGAUUCUAGGAUAUCAUAAUCCUAUAAUUCUUUUAAAUUUAAAAAUAAAGUUAUUCUGGUUAGUCAAAGUAUUUUAUUCCUUGAAAAUAGGAUAGCAAUCUUAAUUUUUCUGAAAUAUUUGGUAAAAAAACAACAAAAAAAACCAAAACAGGAUUACUGGUAUUUUUCUUUGCAACUGUAUUUCAUAAUAUCUUUAAAGUCGUCCCGAAUGUAGUAAUUUACUCUAUAAAGCUUCAAUUGUCAGAGUCUAAAAAAAAAACAAACAUCCUCAGGAAUACUUCAGAAAUAAAAGGUGUGCGAUUCCUUAGAGGGGUAAAUGCCUCUCAAACUUGAUCUUUUCUUAAAAGAAUCUUCAAUCUACAACAUUUGCUUUUUCCAUGCUUUGGAAAAUAUUCGUGAACCAGAUAGUUGUUCAGUUUCAAACAACUAUGAAACGUGGGUCAAAUAAACCAUGAAUAUGAACAUUUCCUGAUAUUUGGCAUUAAAUAAAGUCCUCUGCAAUUCUCAAGUGGUAAUUACAAAAUAUGAAAAGGAAGAAAUAAAAUAUAUUUUCUACUGGGAUAAGAAUGGCAAGUUUAAUGUAUGAUUGUUGUCAUCAGUCAGCCAAAAGACAUCAUCUGUCUCUCAGAAAGACUCACCAGGGGAAACUGGUUGAUUUCCAGUAAGCAACUGAGCUGGCUCAACCCAAUGAUGCCACAAAUGCAUUAAUGUAGAUAUAAAGUAGGACUAGAUUCAAAAGGAACACUUAGGAUAAAGUUCACAAUUUUAAGACUUUACCUUCAGUUUGUUUGUUUGUUUAUGAACCAGAGUGAUUUAAAAUAGCCCUUCUAUUUAUGAUUGCAAAAUUCACAAGAAUAUGUUGUUAAAUAAAGGGAACAUAAUUCUUCAAAAAGCUGUUGAACUGGAGUUGUGAUAAGUAGUAUGAUCAGUGCUGAUACUGACAUAAUUUUUACCUUAAAAUCAAUUUCUAUGGACAUAACAAGAGCAAUCUAGCUCCGAGUGAUCUUUUCCAUUGUCUAUAAUAAUGCCCCCAGAUGAGCUGUGUCUGUAAUUAAAUUCAUUUUUAUUUAAAGCCAAAUUAACUGCCGUUGUCCCUGAUGUAUUGCAUUUGUAGCCUGAUUCCAUUCUAACAUCUGAAAGAUUUAGUCUAGAUAUCUCUUCCAUCCUUCUUACUCAAAGUAUCACUGAAAAAGAUAAUUAGUAUUAAAAUAUGUUCCCCAAUCGAGGAUUUUCUAGAAAAAAAUAUUCAACUUACGAAGAAGAGCAGAAAUUAACUGCCUUUAGAGUAAGGGUAUGAGUGCAUAAAAGUAUGCAGUGUAAAAUGUUUGCAUGAAAUAUUUUGCAUCAUGUAAGCUUUCCCAUAUUCAUAAAGUGAACACUAUAAAAGUCUUAUUUCUCUUGUGAUUUCUCCAUUAGGAAUGUAAGGAGAUUGUUACCUAUAUCUGGUCUCCUUUCCAUAUUGAAAUGCAUGGCUCUAAACCUCAUUGUAUUUUUAUCCCUUUCCUCUGGAAUUAUUUAAAAGUUCUCCUAUUUAAACUUAAGUCUAGAUAAAUUGCUGAGCCAGAUUAUUUCUGUGAUUGGUGUUUAAUUGCUGUAUAACAUUGGUUGAGAACACAUUUUUAUUUCAACUUUUUUUCUUUCAGAGUUAUGCUCUGAUCAUUAUGGUUCUCUAAUGAAAACACUGAGAAGAAAAUCUGAUGUGUUCUAGUGUGGCUGUGUUUUUCUUUUUAAAACGUAUUUUAAAAACAGAUCAGAGAGCUAUAAAGAGAAAUGUCAUUUUGUUGAUGAAUCAUUAUUCAAUGAUAAUGGUGAUGCAGAAUGAAUCAUUUUGUUGUUUGGGUUCAUAGUAUGAUUGUGUACUAAACUGUAGAUGAAGUAAAUAAUUUUAACAUUAUUGCCACAACAUUUUUAAGCUCAAUGGUUUGACUGUUAGAGUCAAUUAAACAAUUCUUUGAAAAUCUUUUAUGACAUUUUUGUAAUCUACUCAGUGUUUUUAUUUGCAUGAUUAUGCAUAUGUGAUGAACCAUACUUGAUUCCGAUACUGUAUUUCUUUCCAGUAUUAACAUUUAUGUAAUGAGUGGCCAAUCUCAAUUUCUACACUGUAUGAUUAUUGUUAUAAUGAUUGUGCUAUUCCUACAUUUAAUUGCAAUUUUGUUAUUAUGCCAUUUGGGAUUGGUUAAACGAUGUGAAGUGUUUCCACCUAACGAUAAUAUCAUAUAAAACAUGACUAAAAGACUGACCUAAGAAACUCUUUUGUUGCUAAUUAUUUUUUAAAAUUCAAAUUUAAAAGGAAACUUGUUCUCAAAGACAUAUGCAUUUAUUUUAAAUUCAAAAAAAUUCUUAUGAAUUUAUUUCUUUUUGUUCUUUAAAAUUUUCUUAUUGUAGACAAUCCUAAGUGACUGUCUCAUGGGAGUAUCCAUAUAUGUGCUUGCAUUUGUGUAAUCUGAUCAUACACUCAAUGGCUGGAAAAGGUACUCCAGUGCUAAGAAAAUAACUGAAGCCAAUAUAUUAAUUCUUAUAUCUUGGUUUAUGUUACCAACUGAAUAUGGUGUAAUGCAUAACUCUUUCCAGUAAAUAAACUGGUUAUCUUUUGUUCAUUUCA